GGGAUUGGCAGAGAGGGGUGGAGGCCAGUGGAAGGAUUGGCAGAGAGGAGUGGAGGCCAGUGGAGGGAUUGGCAGAGAGGAGUGGAGGCCAGUGGAAGGAUUGGCACAGAGGGGUGGAGGACACUCAGUGGAGGGAUUGGCACAGAGGGGUGGAGGGAUUGGCAGAGAGGGGUGGAGGACACUGAGUGGAGGCCAGUGGAGGGAUGGAGGACACUGAAUGGAGGCCAGUGGAGGGAUUUGCAGAGAGGGGUGGAGGACAGUGAGUGGAGGCCAGUGGAGGACACUGAAUGGAGGCCAGUGGAGGGAUUUGCAGAGAGGGGUGGAGGACAGUGAGUGGAGGCCAUGGAGGGAGUGGCAGAGAGGGGUGGAGGACACUGAGUGGAGGCCAGUGGAGGGAUUGGCAGAGAGGGGUGGAGGACACUGAAUGGGUGGAGACCAGUGGAGGGAUUGGCAGAGAGGGGUGGAGGACACUGAGUGGAGGCCAGUGGAGGGAUUGUCAGAGAGGGGUGGAGGACACUGAGUGGAAGCCAGUGGAGGGAGUGGCAGAGAGGGGUGGCGGACACUGAGUGGAGACCAGUGGAGGGAUUGGGCAGAGAGGGGUGGCAGAUACAGA